AAUCAUUGCGUAUGUGUGAGUGGAGCGGAGUUAAUGUUUACAUUCUGAUCGGAUCAUGGUAGCCGUAGCAUAGCAGAGGAAAAGCACCUGAAAACGGCAAACCAUGGAAGAAAAUCUUGGCCUAAGCAAUCGCAUACACUUGAAGGAGUAAUUCCUUGAAGAUUUCAUAGACACUUUGCUCACCGCACCAACCCAACGAGACACGCACACAAUCGCUGUCGUUUCUGGGUGUCUGUUAAAAGGAUCGCAUGAACAGGAAUAAACAUGCAUGAACGAGAUUUUAUCGGCUACUGCAACGAAUUGGUUCGUGUCUCAGAAACCUGCAAACACCGCUGGUCGUGGGUACAGAAGGGCGAACGAUCAUACAUCCGGCUGGAGAAAAAGUCCCUCGCCCGGAAGUCGAAACCUUAUGCGGAUGGUGACCCGAUGAAGGAUUUUCCCGAAGCGGAGAUUGCGAACGAUCCAUCCUGUGCUUCUUCGGCAGAUACCGGACGAAUGUUGUCUUUCGAGUAUCACGUACUGUAUAACGAAAGCUACGAGGUACCGUCAUUGCUGUUCAAUAUCUACGAGGAAGGUGGUGAAAGGUUAAACCUAGAGGAAGCAUGGAACACGUUGAACAUUUGUGAGACUGUUCCUGCCAGUGAGAUGUAUCAAUCGAUCACGAUGGUACACCAUCCAAUAUUAUUCCUGCCAUACCUAAACCUUCAUCCCUGUAAAACGGCUGACCUGAUGGCUUCAUUGUCGUGUAGCUUGAAUCCAAUUAUUUCCUUUCUCACAAGCUACGGACCGUUCGUUAAUCUUGAGCUUGAUGAAGUAAGUUUGCAAUUAUUACGGUCAAAGUAGGAAUAUUAGGAUUUUCUUGAGGGUCAAUAUACCAAAAAAAUAGCGAUAAAAUAGUUUUAUUUUCACGAAUUGAGUAGGCGAUAUUGAAACCAAUAAAAAAUACAAUAUUUUAAAAUA